CAUCAGUUCCUCCGAUCAGGUCACGGGAUACGGUAGUCAAUACACGAUGAAGUCUAUUCUCUUGCUUUGUUCCCUCUUGGGCCUUAUGGCAGCGGCCCAUGCAGGUGCAAAUGAUCCAGUUAUAUCAGACAACUGCACUCUAAUAGACAGCUGUGAGUUAUGCCAGAACAGCUCCUGUCAUUGGGUUCAAUGCCUCAGUGAUGAUCCGAGUUGCCAGGAUAAUCCUGGGGCUGAAAUGUGUCAUGAAGUCCCUUGUACCAUUACCACAACUGAAGUCCCAACAACUACUGAGAUCCCGACGACUGAACCUCCAACAGAACCACCAACAACCGAACCCCCUCCAGAGACCACCACUACUACCACCCCUGCCCCAACAGAACCUCCGACGACGGCACCCCCCACAGAGCCUCCAACAACAGAACCCCCCACUGAACCUCCUACUGAAGCACCCACUACACUGCCACCAGCCACAACCACAGCAAAGCCCUGCCCGACACCCGAUGGAAGGCACUUCGAUGCUCCGAGCUUCUUUGGUGGCAUGGUUCUCGCUGUGGGUAUCCUGGCAGUAGCCUACGCUGCUUGGCGUUUCUACAAGUCUAGGAAUGAGCGUAACUACCAUACCUUGCAAACUGUGUACUGAUGGAACUGUAAGUGACGCUUGUUUAUUUUCAUUCAGCACGAUGGUCUUCUCUUCCCCUAUUUGCUUCCUAAAUAUGUACAUGUUUAUGUUGCAUUGCAUUUUGAUGUUGAAUGAUAAAUAAAUGCCUUUUUAAGAAAA